ACCGAGCUUCAGCUGGAGGCUCGUGUCAUCGUCAGGACGCGCUGGACCCGAGCGGGAACUUCAGUGUCCAAUCAGCACGACGCGCAUUUUUACGCGUCACCAAUAUCUCCAACUUCAUUUUCACCACCCAGCUGUUUUAAUAUCGGAUCCUUUCCGCCUGCUCUUUGUCGCCAUCGAUCCCGUGAAACCAGUUUUUCUUACGGUCAUCACCGACUCAUCCGCCUGGCGCGUCUCCAGCCAAUGCGCAGCGGAAAGGAGUGGCAGGGAUCCAGGGAGGGGGAGAGGCGCGGCAGCCUCCUGCGCCUUUAAGCUGCCGCGAGGCAGUCGCAGUCCACGGGACCGCCGCGUUCGUGCGCUCAUCGCCGCGGAGCGACCUGCUCUGCGUCGUCACAGCGGAUGGGAAGCUGCUGCUGCGUUACUGAAGCGCAUGGAGUGUAGCGCACGAGCCUCAGAACCCGCCUCACCAUGAAGUGCUGCUGGAUCGUUUUUUUCUCACACCUGCUCUUCCUGACACUAACAGCGUGGUGUGCGCCCGUCAUCUCCCCCGCCGGGCCCCACGUCGUCGUCCACCUGCGGGGGAAGCUGGAGCUGCGUUGCCAUGACGACGCCGCCGCGCGGGCCGGCCCCCCGUCCAGGCUGGUGUGGCAGCGGGACCGGGGCCGCAGGCUGGAGGGCGACGCGGAGGAAGACGGCGUGGCCUUCGUCAGGGUGGCGGCGGCGCAGUCGUACCACGCGGGCCGCUACGUGUGCGUCAACAACAGCACGCUGGCGCAGGCGUCCACCUACGUCUACGUCAAAGACCCACAUAUCUUCCAGCGCACCAUCGUGAACAGCAUCCUGGCGCGCGCCGGCGAGAACUGCACCAUCCCCUGCAUCGUGACCGACCCCGAGGUCACGCACAUGGCGCUGGAGACCUGCGACGGGCGCCCGCUGCCGCCCGCCCUCAGCUACCGCGUCACGCCGCAGAGGGGCAUCGUCAUCGGGGACAUGAGGAAGGAGUACGAGGGCUGCUACCAGUGCGUGGGGCGGCUCGGCUCCACCGCUGUGGGGUCCAUGAACUACAACGUGGACGUCCGGCUCGUUCCAGACGAACCCCCAGUCAUCAAACUGUCCCAGGAAGACAACGUGAUCCUGAAGAAAGGCGAGCCGCUGAAGCUGACCUGCUCCUCCACCAACGUCAACCCGGACUUCAGCCUCAAGUGGGAGUUUCCCUCCACUGCGCGUCCCAACGAGACCCAGGCGUCGCACAUCCUGUCGGGCGCCCACGGCUACCGGCGCGCGGCCUCGCUCUACGUGGAGGCCGUGCGCCGCUCGGACGCGGGCGCCUACCGCUGCCAGGCGCACAACGAGCGCGGCGGCAGCGCCGCGGCGGUGCAGCUCGACGUGCGCGAUCAGGGCUUCAUCAGCAUGUCGGGGGGUCCGGAUGCCGACCAGGUGGACGUGAAGGAGGGGAACAGCCUGAGCCUCCGGGCCCAGUUCAAGGCCUACCCCGCCCCGGCCUCGCUGGCCUGGUCGUUCAACGGCAGGCGGCUCCUCAACACCACCGAGCACGUCAUCACCGUCCGCCACCACAAAUACCGCUACGUCAGCGAGCUGAGGCUGGUGAGGGUCCUCGGCUCCGAGGGCGGCGUCUAUAAGUUCUCGGCCAGUCACGAGGACGCGUCCGUGGACCAUUCGUUCCACGUGUACGUCAACAGCAAACCCGUUAUCGUCGCCCAGGAGGGGCCCGUUGACGGACAGGUGCGGUGCAUCGCUGCGGGUUACCCGGUCCCCAAAAUCAGCUGGUUCUUCUGCAAGCUGCCCCACACGAGGUGCUCACACCUGCCCAACGCCACCCAGUGGGAAACAAGCGAGGUUUCCAUGGUGACCGAGUCGGCCUUCGGCAGAAGCAAGGUGGAGAGUCGGCUCAACAUCAGCAAGGAGCACGCGCACUACCACACGCUGGAGUGCGUGGCGAGCACGGAGGGGGACGAGGCCUACACACUGUUCUCCAUCAGUGAGCGCAUCGUGCCCCAUGAGCUCUUCACUCCCCUUCUGACCGGCAUGGGGGCCACCGGCAUCCUGCUGAGCAUCAUCCUGGUGGUGCUGCUCUACAAGUACAUGCAGAAACCCAAGUUCCAGAUCCAGUGGAAGGUCAUUGAGAGUAUCCAUGGCAACAACUACAUCUAUAUUGACCCCACCCAGCUGCCGUAUGACUCCAAAUGGGAGUUUCCUAGACAGAAACUACGCUUUGGUAAAACCCUGGGCUCUGGGGCAUUUGGGAAGGUGGUUAGGGCCACAGCAUAUGGACUCUGCUCUCCAGAUACUGUUACAACCGUCGCUGUGAAGAUGCUGAAACCCAAUGCUCACUCCACGGAGAAGGAGGCGCUGAUGUCAGAGCUGAAGGUGCUCAGUUACCUUGGAAACCACAUCAACAUCGUCAACCUGCUGGGAGCCUGCACAGUCGGAGGCCCCAUAUUGGUAAUCACCGAGUACUGUUGCUAUGGCGACCUGCUCAACUUCCUUCGCCGCAAACGGGAGUCGUUCCUGAACUCCCAAGUUGCCGACGGUUACUAUCGCAACGUGUCCAACCGGAGCGGGCCCACGAGUGAGGCGACUGGUGCGGAGUACGUCUCCAUGCGUCCCUCAGAGAAAGAGAGGUCCACGCAGCCAGACGACAUAGAGGAGCUGUCUCUGGACGCCGAAGACCUGCUCAGCUUCUCCUACCAGGUGGCUAAAGGCAUGGAGUACAUCACUUCCAAGAACUGUAUCCACAGGGACCUUGCAGCCAGGAACAUUCUGCUGACUCACGGCAGGGUGGCGAAGAUCUGUGACUUUGGGCUGGCGCGGGACAUCACCACCGACGCCAGCUACGUGCUCCGAGGCAACGCUCGUCUGCCUGUCAAGUGGAUGUCCCCCGAGAGCAUCUUUGACUGCGUCUACACCUUCGAGAGUGACGUGUGGUCCUACGGCAUCCUGCUCUGGGAAAUCUUCUCUCUGGGUAACAGCCCGUACCCUGGGAUGCAGGUGGGGUCAGCGUUUUAUAGAAUGAUUCAAGAGGGCCACAGGAUGAGCAGUCCCGAGUUCGCUCCAAUCGAGAUGUACGACAUGAUGCUGUCCUGCUGGAACCACGACCCUUUAAAACGGCCUUCCUUCAGAAAACUGGUGGAGAGGACUGAAGUACUGCUGUCAGAGAACACCAGAAACGUGUACCUGACACUGAGCAACGCCUCAGGGGCAGAGCAGCAGUGGUCGCCAACACGGAGGCUGAGCUCUGUCUGCAGCACCACAGCCCCCACCCAGCCUUUACUGCAGAGCACAGCCGACGUCUUCCUGGACUACGUCUGAGACACACACACACACACACACACGCACGCACGCACGCACGCACGCACGCACGCACACACACACACACACACACACGCCCGCACGCUAUGACAUGUACAGCAUAUCUCUACCCCCCAUCUCCUCAAUCAUUCCCUCUCUUAAAAGCCAAAUACAAUGUAAACUACUAAGAUCAUAUACACUCAACCAGUCAAUCUGUCAAACGUUGGCCUUGAGACACACACACACACACACACACACACACACACACACACACACAAUGAUGCUGUAUAUAUACAACCCUUGGCUCUCAGCAGUGGCCUCUAUCUAAUCUUCCCGUUGGCCUAUCGAUCUCUGUACUAGGUAUUUCAGGUGCAGCCCAUGUAAAGCAGACUCCAGCACUCAUUGCGCAUCACCUACAUCAGCAGUUGGAGUUUUGGCUCACGUUCAGCCUCUAGAUUACAUCGUAAAAUGCUUUGAGGAAAACAGAGGCUUCAUGCAUGACUAAACACCUGACCUAGGGAGAGUGCAUACAUAAGCAGACCUGGUGCCGUGAAGACUAGACGUGCUUAUUUGGACACAUUUGUCAAAGAUUUCAAACAAAACAAAAUUUGGGAAGAUACAUAUAUAUUCCAUUCGUUACUGGGAAUUCUGUGGGCUAAAUGUUAAAGUGACCAUAUUAUAGCUCUAUUCCACAUUUUUAAAUAAGGAGUCCCCUUAAUGUGUUUUAGCGUGAUCCAUCAGAAAUCCCCAUCACAUGUGUGAUGUAUGUUGACAUGUCCCGGCCUCCCCUCCUACCUGGUCUGUGUCUGCACCCAAUGCCCAUGUAAGAUCACUGAAAUGCCUCAGAAGUGGGUUUGGCAUGAUAUGGUCCCUUUAAGCUAAGCUAACUAUGUAUCCUGGCGGCACCAUGCAUGUAACUGACGUAAGACAGCAACACCAAUCUUCUCAUCCACCAAAUCUCUUAGUAAGAGGAUAAAUAUGUAUUUUCCCAAAUGUUCAACUGUUCCUUUGAUCUGUUUAACUGGAUACCAUAAAAGCAGUCUGAUGAGGGCCUUCUGCUGCGAGACCUGAAGUGUUUCAUAUGAACAUACUGUAAAAAUGAGCCACGGUGGCAUGCAAGCGAUCACUAAUGAAAAAACUCAAGCCAUAAGUUGCAGAAACACUGAUUCCCACCUGUGUGUUAUAGCUUCAGAUACUGUGACUCUAAUAAGUGGUGCGUUGCUGUAUGUAUUUCAUGGAUAGCGUUAGUUUAGCAAAGCCAGUGUGGCGAGGCAUUUAGGCCCGAUUGUGUGCUCACUCGAGUUAUGUCAAACUUGUAUGCAAUGUAAAUACAAUAGAGAUGUGCCUUUAGAUUUUUUUUUUAAAUACUGAAUGCAUUUGGUUGUGACACAGUUACGUGAACGGGGAAGCCGAUCGAGCGUCUGUAUGCUGGUUUUCAGAUUCCUGCGGUUUUGAUACGGUUUGGUUGACUUGUGAUAAUAAAGAAUGUACCUGUGAUGGUAGAAA